GCAUAGUAGAGCUGCACACAGCAGCAGACAUCAGCACGCGACAGAAAAAAAAAAACGAUAGAUAGCAGCAGCAGCAGCAGCAGCAGCAGCAGCAGAGUAAGAGAACAUGAAGAGGAGGAGGAGGAGGAGGAGGAGGAGGAGGAGGAGGAGAAGGAGAAGGAGACCCAAUGCAUGGCAAUUCUAAGCAGAGCAUAGUAGAGCUGCACACAGCGGCAGACAUCAGCAGGCGACAUAAAAAAGAAAUGAUAGAUAACAGCAGCAGCAGCAGCAGCAGCAGCAGCAGAGGAAGAGAACAUGAAGAAGAGGAGGAGGAGGAGGAGCGGGAGGAGGAGGAGGAGGAGAAGGAGAAGAAGACCCAAUGCAUGGCAAUUCUAAAUAGUGUGCAGGGCAAGACACCACUUUCUGAGGGGUGGGAUGACCUGCGGAUCGGGGGCAUUUAUAUUGAAGACGAUCUCCAGAUCAGCGGUAUUUCUAUCGAAGACAGCGGGGGCGAUACAGCAAUAGGGGUGUGCCCCAUACCUCAGAGGUUGUUCGGGCAUCAUCAUCAUCGUCAUCAUAAUCUUGAUCAUCCUAGCAGCUCGCAAGCCCACGAGGUUUUCCCCUCGGGUGAGGAUUGGGACACAGAGCGACUGCUCGAGUAUCUGACGAACAAGGAGAAGGAGCGUCACGUGCUGGAGGACGAGCUAAAGCAGAAGGAGGAGGAGCGUAGGCGGUUGGCCGAGCAGUUGGAGCAGUGGCAACGAGAACGGGAUAAUCUGGUACGGGAGCUGAGGGAUAGGAACCGCGAAAGAGUGGUGAUUUCUGACACAGUCAGGGAGAAGGAGAGGGAAAUGAGGGCUCUUGAGGAGGAGUUGACGAAGGUGCGGCAAGCGAAAACGACGAUGGAAGAGGAAGCGAGAGGACAAGAAGAGCAGAUGGCAGAGCUGCUGCAGGCGAAGAGGGAGGAGAUUGACGUUCUGUCGAUAAAGCUGGCGGCCAAGGAAAGAGAAGGACAGGCCAUGGCCCAAGAACUGAAAGGCAAAGAACAAGAAGACCAGGCUUUGGCAGAGAAGCUGCGGAGGAGCGAGAGGGAGAGGGAGGAGUUGGUGGACAAGAUGAAACAGAAGGACGAGGAAUACAAGGACUUGGUCGCCGUGUUAAGGCAGACGCAGAUGGAAAAAGCCGAGCUCAGACGCAAGCUUAGUCGGGAGGAGUGUGAAAAGGACUCCGCACUGAUACAAAUGGUGCACAAGACCAUGGACGUGGAUACGCUUAUGACGCAGGUCGUUGAUGCCGAAAGGCAAAAGGACUUCUUGGCGCGCGAGCUGCUCCGACGAAUAAGGGAGGCAGAAUCCCUCAAAUCCAGGGUGGAUGAGAUGGAGAGAGCGAGGUCCUCCCUCCAGACUCAUGUCGAGGAGCGGGAGAACGAGGUGAGUCGGCUCCGCUGUGAACUCCGGGCUUGCGAUGAGAGAUGGGAGGGCGUGCACAAAGAUUUGCAGCAGCGCGAUGAGAAGAUCGCCGCACUGCUGGAGAAAGUGGAUGAUCUGGAGCUGAAGAUGAAGUGUCGGCACGAGGAGCACGGCGCAUUAUGGCAGAAAAAGAUGGAUGCCAACCGUCUUCAAUGGGAAAGCGAGGUGGCUUCACUGCAGGCCAAACUGGAUUGGGAGCGAAAGGGGAAAAAAAAACAAGGGUUACACGAAGAAGAGGACGCUGACUCUGCUGCCGCAGCAGAGAGCUUGCAACAGAGGGCGGCGAGCAGGAAUAUGCAUUGUGAGCUGCAGAAGUGGGAUGCUGUUGUUUCUUCCCUGGAGACGCGACUGCAGGCGGUUGAGCACGGUGCAAUCUCCUCGGAGAUGGACCGGAGGGUAAGUCAGUUGGAUGUGGUGGUCGACGAGUUGGCAAAUUGGCUGAGAGAAAGCUGCGAGGCAGCAACAGACAUGGAGAGGCGGUUGAAGGCGUUCGAAGACGGCGGAGCGGAGACUCUAUCAAGCCAGAUGAAAGAGAGCCUGAAGGAGGUCGAAGCUAUCCAUCUCCGGCUGAGCGAGGAGGAGGAAGCAAAGGGUUCUGUCCAGCUCAACCUUCAGGAAAAACUGGCCCACAGCCUCGCAGAGGUUGAGAAUUUACGCCACAGAUUGAUCGAGGAGGGUCAAGCAAAGGCCUCCCUCCAGCUGGAACUUCAAAAGAAGCUGGGACAGAGUCUAGCAGAGGUCGAGGCUCUGCGUCUCCGGCUGAGCGCCGAGGGGCAUGCGCAGUCUUCCCUGCAGGUGAACCUCCAGGAAGAACUGUCACGAAGUCUCACAGAGGUCCGUGCCCUGCGUCUCAGACUGAGCGAGGAGGAGCACGCAAAGGCCUCCCUCCAUCUGGACCUCCAGGAGAAACUGAGGCGGAGUCUCGGAGAGGUGGAAGCUCUGCGUCUCGGCAUGACAGAGGGGGAGCGAGUGACAACUUCGCUCCAUAUCGAACUUCAGGAGGGGCUCGCGCAGAGCCUCGCUGAAGUCGAAGCUAUGCAACUCAGGCUGAACGAGGAGGAGCAAGCAAAAGCCGCUGUCCAGAUGACGCUUCAAGAGAAACUAAGAGACAGCCUGGCAGAGGUUGAGGCCUCACAACUCAAGCUGAAUCAGGAGGAACAAGCGAAGGCGACCCUUCAGCUCGAUUUGCAGGAGAAGCUGUCCCAGAGUCUUGCAGAUGUGAAGUCCCUGAGGCUCAGGCUGACGGAGGAGGAGCACGCCAAGGCGUCUCUCCAGAUCGAUCUUCAGGAGAAGCUUUCUCAGAGCCUCAUGCAGGUUGAGGAUUUGCGGGUUCAGCUGAGCGAGAAGGAGAAGGCAAAGGCACUCAUCCGGAAUGACCUUCAGUGCAAGCUGACACAGUGCCUGAUGCAGAUAGACGUCCUGCAGCUCAGGCUGAGCAAGGCGGAGGCAGCAAAGGAAUCUCUUCGGACGCAGCUUCGGCACAAGCUGGAACUGAGUCACAUGGAAGUGGAAUCGCUGCGGCAACGGCUGAGCGAGGAGGAACAGCUGAAGGCGUCGCUGAAAAUAGACCUCACGGAGAAGCAGAGGGCUCUCACAGAAGUCGUCGAAGUGCUCGGAAGGCUGAGCGAAGACGAGCAAGCCAACUUGUCUCUGCAGCUCGACCUUGAGAAGGAGAAACAAAGGCGUGUCGAGGAAACUGAGGCAUUGCAGCUCAGGCUCCGUGAGGAGCAGCGGGCGAACGCGUCCCUGCAGGUCGAGCUUCGAGAAAAACUGUCUCAACAUCUUGGCGAACUCGAGGCUCUGCAACUCAGGCUAAGGGAGGCGGAGCAAGCCAACGACCUGCUGCACGUCAAACUCGACGAGGAGAAGCAGGAGUCUGUCAGGGAGAUAGAAGCUCUGCGGCUCAGGCUCGGCGCAGAGAAAGAGGCCAAGGAACGUCUUCUUCAGGCUGAUCUCGAGGAGAAGCUAGCACAGAGUCUGGCUGAGGCGCAGUCCUUGCAGCUCCAGUUGACGGAUGUGAAGCAGGCCAAGGCGUCUAUGCAGCUUGACCUUGAAGAGGCGCUAUUGAAGGAAAUCAAACUUGAGGAGGAAAGGCACGAGGCUCUGACGGAGAUAGAGACUCUGAAAAUCAGGCUGGACAAGGAGAAACAGGCGAAGGAGUCUAUCCAGGCCGAUCUUGACGACAAGUUAGCACAGAGUCUCGCGGAGGUGCAUUCUCUGCGACUGAGGUUGACGGCGGAGGAGCAGGCCAAUGUGUCUCUCCAGCUUAAUAUGAAGGUGCAGAGAGAGAAGAGUCUGAACGAAGUCACGGCUCUGCAAUGCAGUCUGACCAGGCAACAGCAGCUAGUUGCAUCCCUGCAAACUGAGCUUCAGGAGAAGGCCACAUGGAGCCUCACAGAAAUAGAUGCUCUUCAAUUGAGAUUGGGGGAGCAGCAGCAAGCAAACACGGCCCUCCAGCUUGAACUCGAGAAGGAGAAAGAGGAAAGUAUCCGGCAAAGAGAUUCCACGGAACUCAGGUUAAGUGAGGAGAAGCGGGCAAACGUGGACCUACAGGAGAAGCUGGCGCACAGCCUGACAGAGGUGGAGACUCUACGGCUGAGGCUCAGCGAAGAGGAGCAAACAAAGCUUUCUAUUCGGAACGAGCUCGAGUCGAAACUGAGGAGGAGCUGCAUAGAAAUCGAAUCUCUGAGACACAUGCUGAAUGAUGAGGAGCAGGCCAAGGCGACUCUUCAGAUCAGUCUCGAGAAGGAGAAACAGGAGGCGCUUGCUCAUGCUGAAGCUUUGCGCCUCAAGUUGGAACAGGAGGAGCAAGCGCGGUUGUCCCUUAAUGUCGAACUCCAGGAGACAGUCGAACAGAGUGCCACGGAAUUGAAGACUCUGGAACUUAGGCUAAGGGAGGAGGAGGCGGCGAACGCGUCGCUCCAGGUUAACCUCGAGCAAGCGAACCAGAAGGCCCUUGAGGAGGCGAGGCAUCUGGAAAGCAAGCUGCAAGAGGCCCUUAAUCAGGUAGAAGCUUUGCAGCUCAACUCGCGACAGGAGGAGCGAGCGAGAAUGUCCCUCGAGAAGGAACUCCAGGAGAGACUCAAACAGAGUACCAUGGAAUUGAGGAGUCUGGAACUUAGGGUGAGGGAGGAGGAGGAGGUGAAGGCGUCGCUGCAGGUUGACCUCGAGCAAGUGAAACAGAAGGCCCUCGAGGAGGCAAAGCGACUGGAAAGCAAACUGCGGGAGGAGACGCAAGCGAACUUGACGCUUCAGACAGAGCUUCGAGAAAAGCUGAAAGCGAGUGUCGAUGACGUCAAAGCACUUCAACUCCGGCUGAGAGAAGAGGAGCAAGCCAAGACGUCCCUGCUGGCUAAACUUGAGGAGCAGCUGCGGCAGAGGGUUGAAGAGAUCGAGGCUCUGCAACUCAGAUUGGGAGAGGAGGAACAAGCAAAGGCAUCUCUUCAGAUCGAACUCCUCCGGAAACUGAAGCAAAGUCAUAGGGAGGUUGAGGGUCUACGAUGCAGGCUGAGCGAGGAGGAGCAAUCGAAAGCCUCUCUCCAGAUUGACCUGGAGGAGAAGGAGAAGGAGAUCGCCGAGGUUAUCAAGGUUCUGGGACUAAGGGUGAGCGAGGAAGAGGAAGCGAGCUCCAGGUCCCUCCACGUCCACCUUCCGGGAAAGUUGAAGCAGACUCUUGACCUUCCGGGAAAGUUGAAGCAGACUCUUGUGGAGGUCGAGGCUCUGCGGCUCAGACUGAGCGAGGAGGAGCAAGCAAAGGCAUCUCUCCAGAUCGAAUUGCAGCAGAAGCUCAAGCAGAGUCGAAUGGAGGUGGAGGCUCUGCGCGGCCGGCUGAAAAAGGAGGAGAAAUCCAAGCUAUCCCUUCGGACGGACCUUAAAGACGAGAAAAAGAGGGCUCAAACAGAAAUUGAGACCCUGCAACACAAGCUGAGGGAGGAGGAGCAUGCAAAAGUGUCCAUCCAGGUCGACCUCCACGAGAGGCUGGCACAAAGUGCCGCGGAGUGUGGGUCUCUAAGAGCGAAACUGCAUGAGGAGGAGCGAGUCAAGAUGUCCCUCCAGGUUGAGCUCCAGCAGAGGGAAAAAGAGAGUCGCAUGGAGGCAGACACCCUGCUACACCGGCUGGCCGAGGAAAAGCAAGCCAAGGCGUCUUUGCGGAUGGACCUUGAGGAGAAGCAAAAGGAUUUUGCAGCAGCUGUCAAUGAUCUCCAGUCCAGGCUUGGCAAGGAAGAGCAAGCUAAGGCAUCUCUCCAGAUCGACCUUGAGCAAACCAGACAGAGGUGGCGCAAGGAGGUCGAGGGUCUGCAACAGAAACUGGGCGAGGAGCGUGAUAUGACUGAAUCUCUUCAGAAUAUUCAGGCGGCACUUCAGGAGCGGCUGAAACAGAGUGUCGAGGAAGUGGAGGCUGUGCAGUGCAAGCUCGCUGAGGAGGAAAAGGCCAAGGUGCGUCUUCAGAUUGACUUGGAGGAAACCAAGCAGAAGGGUGUCGGGGACAUUGAGGCCAUGCAAGCCAGGCUGCAUGGGGAGGAGCAAGCAAACGCAUCCCUGCGGAUGGACCUGAUCCAGAGUCGCACCGAAGUUGAGGCUUUGCAACGCAAUUUGACAGAGGAAGAGCAAGUGAAAGCAGAACUGAUGGAAGCCAUUCAGAUGCUGGGACUGAGGCUUUCUGACGAGGCAAAAGCAAAGGAAUCUCUUGAGCACACCCUGCAGAUGAGUCAGAAGCAGAGAGGGGACCUGCUAAGAGAACUCGAUAGUUGGCGGGAGAAGUAUCAGCGCUCAGCUGGAGACUUGGACGAGCGAGACAGAAGGGUAGCGCUCUUGGUGAUAGCGAUCUGGACGCAGGAACUAUGUCGCCGCAGAAUGCAAGGGGAGAUGGAGAUGUUGAACAAUCAGCUGGGAUCAUUGCAGCAGGAACUCGGAGUUUGGAGAGGGAAGGGAACUCGUCUGGAGAAGGAGUUGUCCAAGAGUGAGAAAGCUAUGAUGGAAAUGAAGAGUGCAAUGGAGGAUCGAGAUGCCGCCCUCUCAAGAAUGGAUCAGACACUACAAGAACGUGACGCCACCAGGGUGGAGUUGGAGCAACAAUUACGGACCCAGUUAGAAAACGUGGAGGAACUGAAAGACCGGCUCCGCAAGAGUGACGCAGCGGUUGCAGAUAUGGUGUCUGAAAUACAGUCCUUAAGAGAUACAAUGGCAAGCCAGCAUCUGUCGCUAUCAGACAGGCUGACGCAGAGUCAGAGGGCAGUUGAGUCGCUGGAACUCAGACUAGCGGAGGAGGAACAAGAGAAAGUGUCGCUGCGGACAGACCUUGAGGAAAAGGAGAGGCAGCAGCAGAUGCUUAGAGUUCAGCUGCACGAGGAAGGUGGGGAGAAGGCGCUACUGCAGAUAAACCUUGAGGACCAGGAAAGGCAGAGGCAGGUUCUAAGAGCGAGGCUCGAGCGGGAGGAGCAAGACAAAGCAUCACUGCAGGUGCAACUUGAGGAGAAGGAGCUGCAAACGGAGGCACUGCACACAAGACUUAGUGAAGAGGAAGGAGGGAAAGCAUCAAUGCAGAGAGACAUUGAGGAGAGGGAGAGACAGGUGCAAGCCCUUCUAAGAGAGAGGCUCGAGCGGGCGGAGCAAGACAAAGCAUCACUGCAGGUGCAACUUGAGGAGAAGGAGCUGCAAAUGGAGGCACUGCACACAAGACUGGUGGAAGAGGAAGGAGGGAAAGUAUCAAUGCAGAGAGACAUUGAGGAGACGGAGAGACAGGUGCAAGCCCUUAAUGUUAAGUUGGAUGAAGAAGGGAGAGAGAAAGUGUCAUUGCUGCAGGACCUCGGGGAGAAGGAGAGGCAGAGGCUGGCUCUCCAAGCUAGGCUGUACCAGGAGGAGCAAGAGAAAGCAUCGCUACGGACGGACCUCAAGGAGAAGGAGACGCAGAUGGAAGCGCUGCACAGGAGGCUUGAUGAAGAAAAUAGAGUCGGAGCACUGCAAGUAUUGCUUGAGGAGAAGGAGAGGGAGAGGCAGGCUCUUCAAAUGAGGCUGGACAAGGAGGGUAAGGAGAGAGCAGCACGGAUGAUGGAACUUGAGGAGAAGGAGAGGGAGAGAGAGGCUCUCAAAGCGAGGCUGGAUCAGGAGGAGAAAGAGAGGGCAUCUCUCAAGGUGCAACUUGAAGAGAAAGAGCGGGAGAGGGAGGCGCUUGGAAAGAAGUUGGAUCACGAGGAGAAAGAAAGAGCAUCACUAAUGCUGCAACUUAAGGUGAAGGAGAGGGAGAGGGAGGCUCUCCUCCGAAUGAGGCUGGACCGGGAGGGGAAAGGGAGACCAUCACAGAUGAUGGUGAUGGAAACUGAAAAAGAGACGGAGAGUGAGACGGAGGCUCUCAGAGUGAGGCUGGAUCAGGAGGAGAGAGAGAGGGAAGCACUGAAGGCGCAAAACAAGCAGAAGGACCUGGAGACAAAGACUCUCCAAACGAGGCUGGCUGAGGAGGAGAAAGAGAGAGAAUCCUUGAAGCUGCAACUUGAGGAGAAGGAGAGGGAGAGGGAGUCUCUUCAAGUCAGGCUGACCAACGUCGGGAGAGAGAAAGAUGUCCUCGAACGCAGUGUGGCAAGCAAGAAUGAGGACGAAGACAUUCUCCUUGGCAAGAUCCGCAACUGGUGUGAGGCAUUGACGCACUCAUCCGAGGAACUGAGAGAACGGGCUGGGAGGCUCGCAAACCUGAUUGCAGAAAAGAGAGAAGAGGAGGAUGAGCGUGAACACAGGAGGACGGAAACCAAAGAAGAAGGGAGAGGAUCUAACCAGAAGGCAGUGCAGGACACAUCCCAGAUGGCAGCAACAGCCUUUCAAAAAACAAAGGGACCAGAAGCUCUCAAGGAAGAAGCAAUUCGCGAUCAUGGUGGCGAGGACGGACAGGAAGAAAGUCAAGAAGGUAUCCUCUCAGGUGUGGUGGGGUCUUGUGUUUGUGAGCAUGAGGAUGCGGUCGCAGACAUGGAGCACCGGUUGCAAGAGCACUGCACAGUUAUCCGAUUCCUCAUGUUUCAGCUGAAGCGUCUGGAUUCCGUGCGCCUUUCACAACCUCAGCAGCGGCAGCAAGCGGAAUCGCAGAGUGUUGCUGUGCAGGGAGAGCAAACGGAUACCCCUGCAUCCCACCACCGCCGACAAGUGCCCCUCCCGAUAAUACCAUCAACUACGACGAAGGGAGACGAGGCAGGAGAAACGGUGGAGUGGUCGAUGAUGGAAGCUUCUCUCAUGUCAGAUUCAUCAGAGUUCCUUGAAUCUGCUGGAUCAAGGGAUGGGAAACCGGAUGAUGUUUGUGAAGCUUCUCCGAGUCAAAGUCAAACUAAGGGUGUUGACUCGUUAUUGCAACCACAAACGGAUUUGAACAUAAACGAACCCCGGGAUCCUGGCGAUCAUGACGACUGCAUCAGUCACGGUGAAGCCGAUGAUGAUCAUGAUGGCAAUGAAACUCAUGGUGAUGGGACUGGUUGUGCUGAUGCAUUGGUCCACGAGAAGCGGCGCUUGGACGCUGGAGGCCGGCGCGUGGCAAUGGCGGAACACAUUGGCUCCAUCGAGAGUGAAAUUGAGCAGCAUGUUGGAGGCUUGGAGACCGCACUAAGAGACAUGCGAGUGAGGUUAGGGGAAAAGUUUGCGGAGAUGGAGUUGCUCUUUGGCCAGGAAUGCUCGGAGCUGGAGGCGGCGGCAGAAGUGGUGGUUCAUGAGAUACUAAUGGGACAAGGAAAGGAGGGGAACAGAAGCAACCGUAGGCGGAGCCUGAUCCGGUUAAUCGCUGCAAAUGCAAUGGAAUCAAGGCUCCCUGGUGAAAAGAACCUUGAGGCUCAGGCAGCGGUGCCUGAUGAGUCCGUUGUGCGGACAACAGGUCUUCUUAGCACAGAGCAUCAUCAAGGCAGCGAUGGGCGGGAGGCUGCACCGACUUCUGCGCAAACCGAUCAAAGAGUUGGAGAGGUUGACUGUAUGAGAAGUCAGCAAGGAGUGCCAGAGCUCAAGGCGCCAAAUGCCACACAAAAUAGGUCCAUGCCAGUGGAGAUGCCUGCAGAGAUGGGGGAGCAGGAAGUCACAAAUGAAAUGACAAGGAUUGCGCAGUGGAGUCUGACAAUGGAGGAGGUUGAGAGUCUGGAGGCUAGAGUUUUGCAGUGGUGGUUUGCGAGAAGUGAGAAUGUAGUUAUGAGAGCAGACCAGCAACUAGCAGCGUUAGAGUCGGAAGCAAGAGGAUGGCUAGCUAUCACAGAGUGCAGGCUAGGUGAGCUGGAUUUGGCAGCAAAGGAUGUCUUCGACCUUGCCAAAGCGGCAAGGCAACAAGAGGAGGCAGAUCUCAUGAAGUUGCUGCAAAUGGAGAUGCUGAAAUGGACGGCAGUCCUCAGAAACAUGCAACGCUUGUCAGAGGAAAGGGUGGUGACAAUGGAAAUGCAGCUUGAGCAGGAGCGGAUAGCCAAGCAGCAGCAGAUAUCGUCCCUGGUGGACGAGCUGGAGGGAUGGAAGAACAGAGCAAUGGAUGCGGAAAAUGCGGCAGAAGCCAGGGCAUGCAGGAUUGCAGAUUUGCAGCAUAGGAUAAGAAUGUGGGAUACGCUCCAAGGUGAUGUAGCCGUGGACGGUCAAGAAUAUGUGCAAGAUUUCAGUAAGCACCAAGGGGGCCUUGCUGCAAUGGAAGCCGCAAGUUUAAAUAUAGACUCGUCUUCCGAUGAUGGCUCCACCAUACCUGAUGGCCCACCCACCAGCAGUAGUGCAGACAACCCUGCCCAGUUGGGCAGGGCAGAAACCCGACCGGGCAUAGGGAUGAUUCAUUCCGACGAUGCUGAGAAUGUUCCCUUCAUUUAUCAUGGACGCAACACACGGCAUAGUGGGAAGCAUGAGGCAGACAAGGAGGAGCUGGAGGAGGGCCACUCACAAGUUCCGCCUCGCCCACAAAACACAGAGGUACUGGAGUCGCAUGAUAUUGCAGCACGCGUACGGUUUGAGGACAUGGUGACUGUGAGUGAAGGAUCAGCAGAUCAUCGGGUCAGCACCGCAGUCUCUGUCCACCAUGACUUCAUAGCCGGUUCUCCUCCUGCUCCUCCUCCUCCUCCUCUUUCUUCUCCUCUUUCUCCAAUCAUCGAUCCUUAUUGCCAUGAUAGUUGGGAGACAUGUUCGAGGAAUGAAUUUGCUAUCCUGAUCCCAAUGCCUAGCAGUGUGCCGGAGGUUGGUCCUUCGGACACAAGGGAAGAUAGAGGGGAACUAAGGCUGCCUGUUCAGACAAAGGCGACUGAGCAGGAACAGCUAGUUUGCAGUCCAUUGCCGUAUAUUCGAUGUCAAAGCACUCCAAUCGUGCAGUCAUCACAACCUUCACAAUCCCACCACAUUGAGGGAAGUGCAACGCUGAGAACACCUCAUGACAUGAGGGACCUGCAGGAGAGUUGCCAACCUAGUGUUGCACCUGGUGUUAGUCAAAAGGCAAGGGCGCUCUCAUGGGUGCGGGAGAAGGCCCUGCUGCAAGCGGAGAUUGUACGACUGCGAAAGCAUGUGAGAAGCCUGUACGGAGCUCUAGCAGCGGAGGAGCGUUGGAGAAUUGCAGAGUGCGCACGGAUGAAGGCGGCAUGCCAACAAACCGUGCAGCGUAUGGAAGCGGAGAGUGCAGCUUUGCACCGCAAGUGUCAGUCAUUUGUGGACGACAUCAAGAAGGUUGAGAAGAGGAACAAACUAUUAUCCAACAAUCUCUGCAAAUCGGAGAGAGAGGUUGACUUGCUCGGCGACGUAAAUGAUCAUCUUUUCGACUUGUUAACAGUCAUAGAUGACGCGUUUCAAUUCUUUGCCACGUGUAUCAACCAGAUGCCGGGGAUGAAGGUCCUUGCCAUGCGUGUGAGGGCAGCCGUACUUGAGUAUGCGGCUCAGGACGAUAGCGAGGAUGUUCUCGAUCUGCCGCAGAUGACAAGGGCAGACGACUCUGAACCAGAGCAGAACUCCCAUAAUAGCAUAUAGCCCCUCACAGAUGGGCGGCAACUGUGGGCGAUAGAUGAUAAUGCUGCUCACAUCAUCCAUCCACAGUACCCUGCAGCCCCUUCAC